UCCUGAUAAUUUUAAUUUGAAUUUGCAAAAUUUUGCCAAAUUGUUUUAAAUUUUAAUUAUAAUUUAAUAUAUUAAAAUCGCGUUUCAAUAUGACUAACAACACUGGACAGAUUGAUAUUGUUGAUGGUGGUGAUGAUUAUUUGACUAUGCAACAAUGUCCAAUGUCAAUAUCACCAUGUGGCCGUUAUUUUGCAUUGGCAUCAUUGGCUGGACAAUUAAAUGUUUGGGAUACAAUAACAUCGGAUAUUGUGGCACAAUAUAUACCAUCAAAACAUUUGUCAGCAAAUUGUACGAAAAUUUCAUGGCCACCAGAUUAUUAUCCAAUGAUUAAUAAUCAAAUUAAUGGAACACCGACAAAAAAUGAUAAUGUUGCUGUGAAUGAAUUGAAAAAAUUGUCAUUAUUAGCAAUGGGCACUGAAAAUGGUACAAUAUUUUUAUUUAGUGUUCAUAAGAAUGAAAUACAUUCGAUACUAAGCAAUGAUGAUCAUAAAAAAUCUAUUGAUGUUGGCCAUACUGAACGUAUAAAUGAUUUAUGUUGGCCAUCAUCAUCAUCAUCAUCGUCGACAUUGAUGGAUUCAUUGUUUUCAUGUUCACAAGAUAAAUUCAUAAUUGAAUGGUCAAUAAUUGAAUCGAAAAUUAAAUGUAAAACAAUGCUUGAUCCUAAUUCAAUGACAACAUCAAUCUGUGUUUUGGACAAUGAAAAUAUAAUAACUGGAUCGAAUCAAUUGAAAUGGUGGAAUUGGCCAAAAAAACAAUUGCUCAAAACAUUUAGUGGACAUUCGAAUGAGAUACGAUUUUUGCGGCCAAUUUUGUUCCCGACGAUUAAUUCAUCAUCAUCAUCAUCAUCAUCAACGAUAGAUGUCUAUCUAUUGUCAUCGGCAGUGUCUGAUCGUUAUAUAAACCUUUGGAAAUUAGAUCAACCAGAACCAGUUUCUUCCCAAAAGAAUAAAGCAUCAAAUUCAUUAGCCAGUUUUUUACUUGAUGAUGAACCGAUUUCACUUGAAAUUGCCAAAACUGUUGUUGAUAAUUCUCUGUAUAUUUUAUCGGUAUCUAAAAGUGGUCAUUUUCAUAUGUUUGAAGAAACAAUCAGAUUGGCAUCAAACACCAAAGGUCCAAUUGCACCGAAAUAUCGAUUAAACAUUCAAACACGUUUUGAUUCAAAGAAAAAUAAUAGCCCAACAAAAAAUCAGAAUAAACGUUCAAGAAUUGAACGUCAAAUUCCUUAUAUGUAUGCUUAUCUUGAUUCUAAUCAAUUAAAGGGAAAAUCAUCAAAAAUAACGAAUGGCAAUACAAAUGAUAAUCAUCAAUCACCACAGUUGAAAGAUAAUUCCAGAAUCCAUAUUCAAACCAUAUAUGGUACCACAAAUCGUCCCAUAUUUGAAUGUAUUAGUAUUUAUGAAUGUGAAAAAUUAUGUCAAGAACAACAACAACAACAAAAAUCAUCAUCAUUACCAUUGGCUUCUAAUAAUAAUCAAGCAACAAUCAUCAAAGAUCCAUCCAUAUUGAAAUCGAUUGAUCUGUUACCACGGCCAUUAUUAGAGAAUGUUUCAAUCAUAAAAUCUGAAAAUAAUAUAAAAAUCAAAAGUGCAAAACAUUCAGAACAUGGUACAACAGUGAUAGGACCAGCUGGUAUGGUAGCUCAUCAACCAUUAUUCAAUGGUGUUAUCACUGAAAAUGGUGAUGAUUCUCAAAAUAACAAUGAUGAUGAAAUGAUGCUUAGCGAAGAUGAACAAAAACAUUCUUCCACCGAUAAUAAACAAGACAUUAAUAAUAAUAAUAAAUUGAAAAAAUCAAAUUCAAACAGUGAUGUUGGAUGCAACAAAAAAUCUGAAUUAACACUUGAUGAACAACUUAAAUUAAUGGAAACAAAUAAUGAUGAUGAUAAUGAACGGCAACAUUAUAUACCGAAACGGAAAAAACGAAAUAGACGUUCAAAAUCGAAUAAACAACAACAACAACAACAAAUUGGUACCGAAAGUUUAGUCAAUGUAUUAGUACAGGGAUUACAAUCGAAUGAUGGAAAAAUGUUAUCAACCGUUCUGCAGACUGAUCAUACGGAUAUAAUCAUCAUGAAUACGGUGAAAAAAUUGCCCAUUCAACAUGUACCAAAAUUAUUGAAUCAAUUACAAAAAGGAUUGAUUUCUGGCCAACAGAGCCAAAGAGAAAGUGGAUCAAAUAGUGGUGUUGGUCAACAAUAUUCAAUCUAUUUGAAAUGGAUUACAUUUUUAUUAAGGAAUCGAUUUUCAUAUCUAAUGACGAUGCCAAACAGUGCUGAAAAAUUUCUUCCAUUGAAACAAUUAAUUCAAGCCAAAACUGCCUCAUUGGAAAAAUGUUAUCAAUUAAAAGGUCGUCUUGAUCUGAUUUUGUCACAGGCAAAACUUGAUGAUACUCAAGGAUACGAGAAAAUUAUCAUUUACAAAACCGAAAUUGACAUAUGAAUCGGAAAGUUCGGAUGAUGAUGAAUUAUCAGAUAUGGAUGAUGAUGAUGAUGAAGACGAUGGCGAUAAUAUUGGUGAUCAAAUGUCAAUCAAUGAUAAAGAUCUUAUGGAAGAAAUCGAUGAUGAUGAUGAUGAUGAUGAUUGAACUUGAACAAAAAAU